GUAUUGUGUUCGUGUAGAACGCAGCAAAACGAUUGUUACCUCUUAAGUCUUAGCCUAAAAAGGAUUGAGGAGAGGUUUUUACCACAAUUAUUCAACUAUUAAGCUAAAGCUUCUAAUAAUAUUUAAAUACAAUUUAUUAGUCAAUACAAGUUCUGUUUAUUUGAUUUGAUUUUGAUAAAAAGCUGAUUUCUUGGGCGAUAAUGGCGGAAUUAACAACAAAGCAUGCAGAGUUUAUCGAGCAUAAAGCUAUAGAUUCUGUUAAAUUAAAGAAUUUUGACGAAGCAUUGGCUAGUUUUUGUAUUUUAUUUAAAUUAUGUCCGUCAAAAAAGGAAGAAUAUAAAUCAGAUUUUAUUUAUUGCGUUCAAGAAUGGUGCACAAUUUUAAUGGAUAAGAAUUGCCCUUCUCAAAUUAUCGAUUGUUUUCCACAGAUUUUAGAACUUUAUCCUUAUUGUAAAGAGAUUCUAGGAUUAUUAGGAGGUCUUUUACACAAGCUAGAGCAAUAUGAAUUUGCUUUAUCUGUCCUUACUAGAGCUCUCCACAUAGAUGAAACCGAUCCAGUUAAUACAGAAUUAUCGGAUAAUACAAAAUCAAGAUUAGUGGAAAGGUGGCACUUUAAGAUGCUAAACGAUAGAGUAAGAAAUCAAGCCUAUUUUAAGGCAAUACGUAGAAUGAGCAAAGAAAUCUCGACAAUUUUGGAUAUUGGAACUGGAUCUGGUUUGCUAAGUAUGAUAGCUAGCAUUUGUAACUUCAAGAAAAUUUACGCCUGUGAAGUUUGCCCAACCAUCUGUAAAGUUGCAAGAAAAACGUUCGAAUUAAAUGAUUCGAAAAUGAAACAAUCUGUUGUUCUUUAUGAGAAAUGCUCGAAUGAAAUUCUUAUUCCGUCGGACAUUGAGGAACGUGUACCCUUAGUAGUAACUGAAACAUUCGAUGCAGGUUUAUUGGGUGAAAGAGCUCUAUCAACAAUAGCCGAUGCAUGGAAACGCUUACUAACAGAUAGUGGACAAGUGAUACCAAAAAAAGCAUCAGUAUAUGGUUGCCUCGUACAAAGCGGCGAAUUGAGACGUAAUUUUUCGCUUGCUUUUCCCGCUCUAAGAAAUCUCAACUUAUCGGAUGUUCGUCUACUCUACCGGAAAUUACCAAGCGUUGCCGAUCGAAAAUCAAAACCUUACGACUGUGCUACCCUGAAUAAACUUGAGGGUGGAUUUGUUCGGCUAUCAGAAGAGUUUAAAAUUCUAGAUAUAGAUUUUAAUAAUCGCGAUGAAAUCAUUAAGUUAUCCGAAAACGGUUUGGAAAAGUCAAUGAAUAUCAGGUUGACCUCAUCUGGAAAAAUCGACGCGGUUGUUACUUGGUUCGACUUGGAAGUUUGCAAAAAUCAUCAUAUUGUGACCUCUCCUAGUUCGAACGGUAGCUGGCAACAAGCUGUUUAUUUUGUUUUACCAGAAGAUUUAGGCAGAAUUGAUAGCUACUAUUCGAAAGAGGAACAAGUACAAGUGACUAUAUCGAUUCAAGAUGACUUAAUUAAUAUCAAAUGUAGGGGGGGUAUGCCAAGUUCAUUUGAAUCAAUUCUCUGCGGUAAGAAAACCCUUGCUGAAUUCAAUGAUAUUGAAUAUAAUCGGGCAAUGUGCCAAGGAGUUGAGGCUGUUCUAAAAAAUAGAAAAUCACCUAAAGUAUGCAUUUAUUCUUCAGGAGUAAGUCCUAUUGCCUUUCAGUGCUUACAAAUGGGAGUUGAUUAUGUUCUUGGACCAAAUUGGGCAGAAAACGAAGAAGAGAUAGUACAAAAAAUAUGUGAAAAGAUAAAUUUAGAUAGUUCGAAGGUGAUAUGUGGCUGUGAAGAUUUACCCGAAUUCAAUGUGUUGAUUGUCAAUGCUGUAGACCGCAACGGACGACUAAGUGUUAACGUUCUUGAUCAUAUGGAUGUUUUGAUAUCUAGGGCUGUGGAAGACGUUAUAGUUAUACCUCAAGCCCUUAAAUGCCUUGGAGUAUUUGUAGAAAGUCGUUCUCUGGUCGAGGAAGGGGGUAUUCAGAAAGAUGUUUGUGGCUUUAAUGUGUCGGCUAUGAACGAUUAUCAAACAAUCAAUCAUCAAUGCAUAUCUCUAAAUAGACUGAAUCACGUAAAAUUGUCACCGGUAUUUGAAUUGUUCAAUCAAUGCUUGAAAGAUACAAAGGGAAUGUUCGAAAGAACGAUAUCUGUUGAAACUAUAGAAAGUGGAAGAGUAGACGCACUUGUUUACUGGUUCGAAAUGCAGAUGGCAGACGAAGUUCGAUUUUCGACUAUUAAAUCGAAUAAUCCCUUCGAUCAGUCAGCUUUCAUACACUCCAUUCCAACGUUUGUUGUUAAGGAAGAAGAACAGAUCAACGUUCGAUUAGUUUGUAACAAUUCAUUUAUGCAUGCUACGUACGAAAAAGCUAUGGGAGCACAGUCGUAAAAAAAUAAGAAAUAAAAAGGCACUGCAAAGAUACUGAAAAACUUGACGACGUUAAACAAAUAUUUUUGUCUCAAUUUCCUUUUUAUAUAACAGAAGACGAUGGAUUAUUUAGAUAGUUAUAAAUAGCGUCGUAACCAGCGUCUUUUGCCAAAUCAGCCGGAGUUUGUGCAUAAGAAUUCUUCAACUGGGGAUCGGCUCCACUUUCGAAUAAUUCUUUAACGAUCUUACCGUGACCGAAAAGAGCAGCUGCAUGAAGAGCACUUUCCCCAAUUGGCAACAAAUUUAAAUUCGCCUUGUGUUUAAUUAAUUCUUGAACUAUUUCCAAAUGUCCUUUGUGAGUGGCUUUAAAUAGUGGUGUUGCUCCAUCUUCUCUCGCAGCGUCUACUUCUGCACCUAGUUUCAAAAGAAGCUUUACUACAUCCAAGUGACCCAUUUGGCAAGCUAUCCUGUUAAAAAUUUACAAUAUAUAUUUAAGUAUACAUGAGAAUGUUUCUAUUUGUGUCUUUCACUAACCACAAAGGACUGGCUUUGUCUUUCCUUUGCUCAUUUACAGAGGCUUCGUGUUUAUAUAAUAAUUCUAUAAUUCGGCAAUGGCCAUUUUGAGCCGCUAGAAAUAAAGCGGUUGUUCCAUCACUCAUCUGUGCUUGUAUAUCGGCCCCAGUCUCAAUCAGCAAAGUAGCAACGUCCAGAUGGUUACCUAAGCAAGAGAUUGUUUUGCAUAAGCAAUAUCCCUAAUUAAAUAUAUAGCUUACAUUGACAUGCUACUAUUAGUGGCGUUGCUCCUUCAUAAUUUGGUAAAUCAACUACGGAAGGAUUUUUUUUGAGAAGUUCUUGAACUAUAUCAAGAGAGCCACACUGUGAUGCUAAAAAUAAGGCAGUUGUUCCUGUUUGACGUCUGGCUGAUGGGUCAGCACCAAGGCCCAAGAGUUCUUCAACACAGUCAAGAUGAGCGUUAGCAGAGGCGAACAUUAGGGGUGUUGUAUUUUCCUUGUCCGGGCAAUCGACGUUUAAUUUCUCACCCAUGACUAAAUCAUAAAUAUUAGAGGCGUCACCUUGAAUAGCUGCUAGGUGUAGUUGUUGUUCUAGCGGGGGUUUUUCCAUCUUGCACGAAGAGAUCUUAAGAAAUAUCGAUAUGUAGUAUAGCGUGAUUUGAUACAAGCAGUGACAUCUAGUGUUUUUCGCGAUUAUAUAUGAACUACUAAUGCAUUUAUUUGUAUGAAAAACAAUUUUUUUUGGAC